AUGGACGUCUUCAAGAAGGGCUUCUCCAUUGCCAAGGAGGGUGUGGUGGGUGCCGUUGAGAAGACCAAGCAGGGUGUGACUGAAGCAGCUGAGAAGACCAAGGAAGGGGUCAUGUAUGUGGGAGCCAAGACCAAAGAGGGUGUUGUACAGAGUGUGACCUCAGUUGCUGAGAAGACCAAAGAACAGGCCAAUGCGGUGAGUGAAGCCGUGGUCACCAGCGUUAACACCGUGGCCACCAAGACCGUGGAAGAAGCAGAGAACAUUGCAGUCACAUCCGGGGUCGUGCGCAAGGAUUCUUUGCAACCUACGUCUCCACAGGAGGAUGAGGCAACCAAAGAGGAAGAAGUAAUUGAGGAGGCUAAGAGUGGGGGAGACUAG